AUUUAGCAAAAUGGCGGCGGGUCGUAACAGUAAGGAGGGUCGUGUUUGUUUUGAGUGUAAAGCAGCAGCAGGAAUGAUCCUUCAGAGCCUCCGUAUGUCUGAAUAAACCUCUGAAUGUUUGUUUAUGUUCAUCUCAGAGUCUCAGCUCUGACUCAUCGCCACAUAGACCACACAGCUAGCUUAGCUUAGCCUAGCUUAGCAUGCUAGCCGGGGGACAGAGUUUCUGUUUGGAGGGUUAAUCGUGUUUUUUUGGCGCAGACAUUAUUCAGUGUCUUUGUGUCAACCUGAGACUAUCCGCGGCUGCUGAAGAGACUUCCGGUUUGUUUAGUGGAUCCGAAGAAGAGAGAGAGACCGGAAAUGGAAACUCCUGGACGAUGUUUUCAGCUCUCAGCUUCACGAACACAGAGCAGACUUCCAGCAGCUGCUGGAGAGCUUCCUCCUGAGCAGCAGACGUGGAUCCCCAGUCUGGACCAGGAGGACACCGAGCCCCGACGCAUUAAAGAGGAACAGGAGGAUCUGUGGAGCAGUCAGGAGGGAGAGCAGCUUCAAGAGGAGUUCCCUUUCACUGCUGUCAUUGUGAAGAGUGAAGAUGAAGAAGAGAAACCUCAGGUCUCACAGCUUCAUCAGAGACAAGCUGAACACAUGGAAACCGGAGCUGAUGGAGAGGACUGUGGAGGACCAGAACCAGGCAGGAACCCGGAUCCAGAGAGACAAUUGCAAGUAGAGAUUGAGGUCAAGACUGAAGACUCUUCUGAACCUGAUGACAUUGAUGAUCGGAGGGAGAUGAAACAACAGUCUCAUUUAAACCGUCUGGAUCAUUUUAAAGACGACAGCUCAGAGACUGAUAAGAAACCACAAAGCUGCCCUGAGUGUGGGAAAACAUUGAAAACAAAUGGGGAUCUAAUCAAACACAUGAGAACUCACAAAGGAGAGAAACCGUUCAGCUGCUCUUUAUGCGGUAUAAGCUUCAGUCAAAAAGAGUAUCUAAAUCAACACAUGAUAAUUCAUCUAAACGAGAAACCCUUCAGCUGCUCUGAGUGUGGCAAAUCUUUCAAACAAAAGGGAUAUCUGAUUCACCACAUGGAAACGCACCAAAAGGAGAAACCCUUCUGCUGCUCUCUGUGUAGUAAAACGUUUUCAAAGAAAGGGCAGCUAGCUGCACACAUGGUUGUUCACUCGGGACAGAAACUGUUCAGGUGCUCCGACUGUGGUAAAGGAUAUAAAGAGCAGUCUGGUCUUGACAGACACGUGGGAGUUCACACAGGAGAGAAACCCUUUAGCUGCACUGAGUGUGGCAAAAGAUUUUACCUAAAGUAUUAUCUGACUGCACACAUGUUAGUUCACUCAAAAAGAGAGAAACUAUGGAGCUGCUCUAAGUGCGAUAAAACAUUUUCAAAGAAAAAGCAACUAGCUGCACACGAGGUUGUUCACUCGGGACAGAAACUGUUCAGCUGCUCUUACUGUGGUAAAGGAUUUAAAUGGAUGUCUUGUCUUGCCAGACACGUGGUGGUUCACACUGGAGAGAAACCCUUUAGCUGCCCUGAGUGUGGUAAAAGAUUUUACCAAAAGUGUUAUCUGACUGAACACAUGUUAGUUCACACAGGAGAGAAACCAUUCAGCUGCCCAGAGUGUGACAAAACAUUUCACCAAAAGAGUUAUCUGACUGCACACAUGUUGUCUCACUCAAAAAAAGAGAAACCAUGGAGCUGCUCUGAGUGUGAUCAAACAUUUUCAAGGUAUGGGCAGCUAGCUGCACACGAGGUUGUUCACUCGGGACAGAACCUGUUCAGCUGCUCUGACUGUGGUAAAGUAUAUAAACGGAAGUGCUUUCUUGACAAACAUGUGGGAGUUCACACAGGAGAGAAACCCUUUAGCUGCACUGAGUGUGGUAAAAGAUUUGCCAAAAAGGGUUAUCUGACUGCACACAUGUUAGUUCACUCAAAAGAGAAACCAUUGAGCUGCUCUGAGUGUGAUAGAAUAUUUUACCACAAGUCUAAUCUGGCCACACACCUGGCACAUCACAGAGGAGAGAAACCGUUCAGCUGCAGGGUCUGUGACCAACGCUUCUCUUGGCCCAACCAGUUACAAAGACACAACUGUGUUUCACAUCAGGCUUCAGAGCUUCAACCAAAUAAAACAUCAGAGGAGAAAAGUGAUUCUGAAACAGGAGUCGAUGAAGAGGACUGUGGAGGACCAGAAGCAAACAGGAAUUCAGAUCCAGAGAGACAUUUUGACAUUGAGGUUGAGGUCUAGGCUGAGGACUUCUUUGACUCUGGGAGUGAAGACAAAAUGAGAUGAUUGGGAGGAGACCAGAUACAUUCAGCUUGUAAAUGGUAAUUAGACACCAUUCAAACACAUUCAGACGCUGCUGAUGAAGCCGCGGGAGCAACUUGAGGUUAAGUGUCAAUCCCAAGAACACGUCGGACAUGUGGCUGCAGGAGCUGGGGUUUGAAUCUCCAAGCUUCCAGUUGAGAGACGGACGACUCUACCACUGAGCCACAGCCGCCCCUUAUCAAGUCUGGAGAGACAAAAACUCAGACAGGAGAGAAACCAGUUAGAUGACUCCUGUAGUGUAAUGUUGCGAUUUUCUUUGUUGUUUUUCUCUGCACAUGCUUGCUUGUGAUUGGACAGGCGUGCGACUGUGGCGUGCAAAGCUCGUGGUGUAGAUGACGGCGUCGGUCAAAAUCCUGGAGUUUGUAAAUACUGUAAAAACAUUCUUCAUUGUUCUGAAUCUAAAAGCAGUCCUGAGACACUUUCCUCCUGUUUUCUGUUGGGGAUGUGAGUUAGAGACUUUUUGUUUAUUUUUCAGAUGAGAUAGUUUGGUUAUCAGUGUUUGAGUUGUUAUUUUGUCAUUUACUCUCCCUCUCAUGUAUUGGGGGGCUUCAUAUCCGUUUGUUUAGUCCUCCUCGGGGGUGAGGAAGGAGAGGGUCAUGUAUAUGCUGCAUCUCCUUCCCUCCCUAGGCUGGACGUGAAAAUAUUUAACUUACAAUAUCUUGUGCAUGAUCGAUCUUUUAUUUACUCCCGGAAGAUAAACAAAGUGAAACGUUGGGGCGAUGUAUACUCUGUGAUGGUUUGACCUUUGAAUGAUUUCCACUGAAACAUUUGAUUCAGAAGGAUUUCCCUGAAUUCUUUGUUCUCUCAAAAAGGGGAAUAAAAGCAGCGUAAGGAUGUCACUAUUGAAAACAGACAAGCUGUUAAAUCUCAGUUUCCUCUGCACAUAAAACACAGAUAUUUGUAUUUCUAAAUAAAGAUCUGAACUGUCACUCAAA